AUGAAGAGAAAUAGUGCAAACCUUCAAGCAAAGAGUGUUAAAAACUGUGGAGGAAUGAUGCAACAUUUGGAUCCAAGAAACUUAAUCUCGCGACCAAUAUGCAAUUUCAAAAGGCUAGGCUCCAAACAUAGUGCAAGCGUUACAGCAAUGAAUCUUACUCCAAAUUAUGAUUUAGUCCAAUUUCAACGCCAAAUGAGCUCAGCAGGGCCUCCUGGACCUGCAACAGUCUCUGUAUCUUGCCUUUCAGAGUAUGAAAAUAAAUCUGAACAUAAGACUCCUUCCAAAGGGAGUCUCUUAAAGACAAUAGAAGAUUUAAAUUUAAAUGCUCUGAAGCUAGGAGUAAACUCAGAAAAACCUAGGCAUAAAUACCAAAAGUCUUAUGACAUCCAGAAUAGAAUGCAGAUACUGAACAACAAGAAAGUUAUUGAUAUGCGGAAAAGUCCCACUGAACUUACUGGCUCAGCCUGUAAGUCAACGAUUUCCGUAAAAUCUGAACUUAAAAAGAAAGCAAGGAAAUUUGUCGGCUCACUUGUAAUUGACAAAAAGUCGAAGUUAUACCAACAAACUCAUCUAGGAUCAAAGAGUUAUAAGGAGUUUGAAAAAACUGGGUAAAUUUUGAACAUAACCUUUGCUGUAAACCAUAUUAUGUAAUAGAAGUUUUAGCUAAUUGAUAUUGGCUAGGCCUUAUAAGAAUCCUGCAUUUUAAAAUAAAUAAGCUCAAUUUAGAAACGAUGAAAUUAUAAACAUGGUUCAUCUAACAAGAGAAUUGCCCCAUUUAAUUACUGCUAUCAGCAAUAUUGAGAGAAUAUAACCCUUCUGUAGUGCCUCUUUGCUAUUGAUAAUCAUAAACCUCAAAUUUGAAUUUGGACCACCUCACUAGUGCAAAUAUCUGGAAUCAAAAUUUGCAUAACAAUUUAUUUAAAAAUAUUCAAAGUCUCACUCUAUCAUAUCACUUCGGUCCAUCCCUUGGCUUCCAAGAGUUUAUUCAAAACGACCUAACCCUCCCUCUAUAGCCCAGCACAAGGGCCGGCUGAC